GGGUCGUUCACGUUUUGCAGUUUGACUCUCGCGAGUUUGCAUGUUGCUAAUCUGCAGAUUACACCGAGUAGUUUGCAGUUUACGUUUCACCAGAAAAACCAUUUACUUGACUUUUCUCUAAACUACUUCCAAUAUACUUAUAAUUCAUAAUCAUAAUGAGUGAUAGAGGCUGGAGGGGCCGUGGAAGAUACUACUACGACCGUACAGGGCUGGCGGGGUCCGCUUACGAUGCGUACCACCCAGCAUCUAACUCGUCAUCGUCAGCUAAUUCCAGCGAUAAUCCAGGCACUUCUUCAUAUAGAGGACGAGGUUCUUCUCGGCCCGUUCGUGGAUCGGGAGGCAGUUUCAGGGGCCGUGGAGAUAGUCUGUACUACUCCAGAGGUGGUUCGAGCAGAUACCAACCGUACUAUCUGAAUCGUGGAAGAGACGUUUACAGAACUGGAGACCGCACUUAUGAUGAACCAGAAGAUAAGAAACCAGAUGAGGAAUACGCUGCAGAGGAUCCACGUAGUCACAGUUAUAAUAGCAAUUACCGUGGUGGGUUUAGAGGUGGAUUCAGAGGCUCGCUGUCUAAUUACCGGGGGAGAGGAUACUAUAAUGGUUCAGGAGGCAGACCUUCAAUCACUUCAGCUUCGUCCCAUGAGUACAAUGAUGGGUAUAAUGACAACAGACUGUACGACAAGUCCAGGUCGUCUCUGUAUACGAAAAACUACAAUGAUAAUACUCAAAAUUCAAGGGCAUCGACUCCAGCUUCAGAAAGACUGUCGAUAUCAAAAUCCAGACACUCAAUCUCGAAACUCGAACAGAAGGUAUUCAAUAAUCCUUGGAUUCCAAUACUUCACAUCAAAGAUCCCAAGACUCAAGCAGUUCUUGAGUCAAGAUACGAAGAUUUGCUCAAAGUCGAUAAGGAAUUAAGUCAAUUACAAUUGACCAGGUUUAAACUACAAAACUCCGUGCAGUCCUUGGAUAGAAGUAUGGAAAGAGAAGCUCUUCACGUCCAGCUUACCAAUGAAAAGCUUGAAGAAUUCACAUUCUUGCAAUAACCUUAAUGAAAUCCUGUAAUAUAUCUGUAUCAUAUAUAUAUAUAUAAUGUUUCCUUGAAAAAUCGUGUAGGUACCGUG